CAAAACACAAUUUGCUAAAAGAAUGUCAGACGUCUUGUUUGUUUGGGAUCGUGAAAGCAACAUUCAGACUUCACACUGAGUUUUAUGAAUAUUUAUCUUAUCGCAACAUCAACGAUUUAGUUCGUCUUCCGGCUUCGUUUAAGCUUACAUCUUUACUGCGGAUAUCUUUAUCGAUAAAUCGACUUUUUAAAAAGAAAAUAUGUUUUUCAAGUGCUACGUGUGGAAAUUAUCAGCGUUUAUUGUCAGUCUCUUGUAUCUUCACAGUGUUGCUGGUUUCUUUGUGAAACAUGUCAAGACAGGAAUGUGUAUCUAUGACACAGCACAAAUACAGUCACAAGGCUCGGGCGCGGGCAACUUAUCUUUUCUUGAACUCUCCAACAACUGUCUGGAUCCAGCUGCUCAGUUUCGGUUUCGUGAUAAUGGCGCCAUGUUGAAUUUGAAAAGACGAGGAUGUCUUGCGGCUUUUGUCAACUCUUUUUCUGGUCACUAUCUUCAUAUGUUUUAUCUUUUCGUCCCUGCUGCCUCCGUAAGUUUAGAUAAUUCUUCCUGUGCGCAAGAUCCCGGAAGGAAAAUCUAUCGUCGUAUAACCCAGACCUCCUGGGGAGGUUUAUCUGUAUAUUAUAAAGGGCGGUUUGUCCAUAGCGUAUUUCAGAACUGGUGUGCAGUCCCUAGAACACUCACCCCGCUCGUUCAAAGUUACAGAAUAGACUCAUUCAUUGGAUUGGAAUAUAAUUGCAACUACGCUGAGGAUAGACGUUUCAACUUUGGUUCAGUGACAUGUUAUGGAAAAACGACAGAGAAUGUCACUUGUCCUAAAGAUCAGUUCAUGGUGGUCAACACUGCAUCUUACCGUGGAUUGUCUGACUCAAAGACAUGUGGUUUGAGUGAUGAUUAUAGUUGUACAGUUGAUGUAACAUGUCUUGUUAAGAAACAAUGUGAUGGUCAACAUGAGUGUAAAAUAACUGUGGAUAAAACCUUGUUCUCUGAUGAUCUGUGUCCUGGAUUGAAAAAAUAUCUUUACUUUGAAUACCGAUGUUUUAAUGAUGUGAAAAUUUAUAACGAUGUUUGCGUUCGUGGCGUAUCUUUAUCUUUAUCUAAUUCGUCUUUGCCAAACGAAGGUAUUGUGCGAAUUACCGCGAAUAAUUGGACAAAGAGUGUUUGUGCAGGAAGUUUAAAUGAUAAAGCCAAGAAUAUUGUUUGCGCUCAUAUGGGUUACAAAAGAGCAGAAUCUGUUGUUAAUACUCCGGUUCUACCCGAUUCAAAAAUUGAAAUAUUUUCUGGAACCAUAAACUGCAAUCAUGAUGACAACGACUUAUCCUUCUGUUCGCUCACAAUUUCCACCUCAAGUUGUUCCCAGUUGUCAUACAUAAAAUGUCAUAUAUGCGACAGUCCUUUGUUAGAAGACAAAGAAAGAUUUCCAGAUUCGUCAUUCACUGCCUCAGUUUCUUCAGAAGGUUACAGAGCUUCUGAUGCAAGGAUAUCUAGUGGUAGUUCUUGGUGUGCUCCUGUCUCAGAUGAUAAACAUUAUCUUCAAGUGGAUUUUAAAAGACUUUAUUCCAUAAAUUAUGUCGCAACAUUUGGCGAUGGUACAAGUGCUAAAUGGGUGAAGACGUAUAUCUUGAAUUAUACGACAGACUUGAUAAACUGGAAACAAUCCCACGCUGUAUUCCAAAAGAUAUUUCGAGGAAACCAGAAUGCUUUCAAUGGCGCAGCAAUAAGAAAUUUAAAUGGCUUAACAACAAGAGCUUUACGGUUUAUUCCAUUAUCGUAUGAAGUUCAACCUUGUAUGAGAAUUGAGAUUUGUGGUCAGAGAGCCGCUGGCUUUUUUGUGAAACAUGUUAAGACAGGGAUGUGUGUCAUCGACACAGGAUUUGAGAAACAUUCAAGCCCACUUUGGGGUAGCUUGUCUUUUUUGGAACUUUCUAACAACUCGUGUUUCGAUGAAGCUGCUCAGUUUCGGUUUCGUGAUAAUGGCGCCAUGUUCAACAUUAAGAGAAAAGGAUGUCUCGCUGCUUAUUUUAAAGUUGAUUUUGGUCCAUAUUUUGAUGUUUUAUAUCUUUACGUCCCCGCUACAUCACUGGCAUUAGAUUAUUCUGCCUGUGUGCAAGAUCCUGUAAAGAAAAUCUAUCGUCGUAUAACUCAGACGUCUUGGGGAGGUUUAUCUGUAUAUUAUAAAGGUUAUACGAAAACAACAUUUCAGAACUGGUGUGCAGUCCCUAAAACACACACCCCGCUCGCUCAAAAAGAAGGAAUUGAUCCCUACAUUGGAUUGACAACAGAUUGUAAUGACACUGAGGAUAAACGUUUCAAUUUUGGCUCAGUGACGUGUUAUGGGAAGAUGGUAGGCAAUAUCAACUGUCCUAAAGAUCAGUUCAUGGUGGUCAAGACUGCAUCUUACCGUGGGUUGUCUGACUCCAAGACAUGUGGUUUGAGUGAUGAUUAUAGUUGUACAGUUGAUGUAACAUGUCUUGUAAAGAAACAAUGUGAUGGUCAACAUGAGUGUAAAAUAACUGUGGAUAAAACCUUGUUCUCUGAUGAUCUGUGUCCUGGAUUGAGAAAAUAUCUUUACUUUGAAUAUCAAUGUAUUGAUACUGCGAAAUCUUACAGCGUUGUUUGUGCUCCAGAAGGUCCUCCACUGAACGUCAAAGUCACUGCAGAAAGUUCAUCCUCAUUAUCAGUCACGUGGGAUCCUCCUGAAGAAGAGAAAAGAAAUGGCGUGAUCGUCAAUUAUACUGUGUGUAUCUCACAUGAAGAAACUAAACCUUGCUUUAAAGAACAUACUACAGAGAAGAUGAUGUUAGUCAUCGACAAUUUGAAUGCCUCAACUAAAUAUUUUGUUCGUGUUCUUGCAAGUACUAAAGUUGGUCCAGGAAACUACAGUAAAAGUCAGGGAAUGUUUACAAAUGGAGAAGGAACAAAGAUGGCAACAAAUAGAACAGAAACUACAUUAACUUUCUCGUUACAAAUCCCUUCGGAAAAUUUUACGUAUUUUUACGUCGUGGCUCUUAAAAUGAGAAAAAGCACCGACAGUCUUCGACCAUCCAGCAGUCACAAUGAUUUAGUGACAUACAAAGAAGCUAAAACGUCAGUUGAACCAAAACCUUAUAUUGCCGCCGUCAUAACAAGCAGAGAUAAAAACAUGUUUAUACUUGGUGAUGGUGGAAAUACAAGUUCUCAAACAACACGAAGACGAAGGUCAACAACAAAUGAUUAUUAUAAUGGACCACUGGAGUCUGGAGCAAGUUACAGUAUUUUUCAAAGGAUCUUUCUUGAUGACAAGGGUGAAUUUUACUCCACUGAUUGGAGUCCUCUAUCGAAGACAGAAACGCCAGCGCCAAGACCGACCCUUACCACAAACACAGGUAUUGCCGGUAUAGUAAAAAAGCUUUGGGGAAAACUCAGGGGGUUUUUUGCAAGAAGAAAAAAAGAGCAUUUUUUAUGUUUGAGUAAAUUUUACUCGUAUUUUAUGUAAUCUGAACUAACUACUCAAAAAAUUGAGUUCGUUUUGCCCCUUUUCUCGUGGGGAUAAUUUCACUCUUUAUUUUGAGUAGAUCAAAACUCGUAUUUUAUCAAAAUCUCUUGAGUAAAGACAACUCUUUACUCAUCAAUGAGUAAAUUAAAAUAUUCUAUUUACUCAACUACGGAGUUGGAAUUACUAACUCAGUGUAUUGCUUAAUACAUAUUGGAGAAAAUAUUUGAAGAAUUACUUCACAUGUGAGAAUUCACACAGUUUCGAAUUCACAAAGUUUCGAAUUCACACGUGCAAUUUCACAUUGUGAAAUUUUUCUAAGGGCACAGUUAAUUCCUUAUAUAUAUUCUCUAUAAAGUCAAACUUAUUUAUUUCAUUGUUGUGUUACUCAUAAUAAGGAAUUAAUGGCCGUCGUCCACAGUGGGUGAGUAAUUGUUGGGUUUCCGUCGAAGCAAUUUGUUUGAGUAACUCAAUGCAACUCAUUCUUUUAAUAGAAAUUACUCGUAUUUUGAGUAAUUUUUUUGUAGAGAGCUAUGCUAGUUGGGGUCCCUCUUGUGUUAUCCACGCAGUGUUGGCGGAAUAGCAAAGGAAGAGUCGUUUUAGAUCUGCUGGAUUGAAAAGAUGUAUUUCAAGCGUCUUCAACAGAAUUUAGCAGUUUUCAUUUUCAUUCUCCUUUGUCUUCAUGGUGCAGCUGGUUUCUUUGUAAAACAUGUGAAGACAGGAAAGUGUAUCUAUGACACAGCACGAAUACAGUCACAAGGCUCGGGCUGGGGCAGCUUGUCUUUUCUUGAACUCUCCAACAACUGUCUGGAUCCAGCUGCUCAGUUUCAGUUUCGUGAUAAUGGCGCCAUGUUGAAUAUGAAAAGACAAGGAUGUCUUGCUAUCUAUAGAAAGCGCAGGUUUCCUGAAAUGUUUUGGGUCUACGUUCCUGCUACCCCAGGAGCUAUAGAAAUAGCUGCCUGUGCUGACCACCGGGUUAUAAAACAAACCUCUUGGGGAGGUUUAUCGGGACCUUAUCGUUCUGCAGGCAGGUGUGCAGACCCUGAUGGAUACAUAAAAACGACCACAAACUGUGAAGACGGGGAGAAUAAACGUUUCAUUUUUGGUUCAGUGACAUGUUAUGGGAAAACGACAGAGAAUGUCGCCUGUCCUAAAGAUCAGUUCAUGGUGGUCAAGACUGCAUCUUACCGUGGAUUGUCUGACUCAAAGACAUGUGGUUUGAGUGAUGAUUAUAGUUGUACAGUUGAUGUAACAUGUCUUGUUAAAAAACAAUGUGAUGGUCAACAUGAGUGUAAAAUAACUGUGGAUGAAACCUUGUUCUCUGAUGAUCUGUGUCCUGGAUUGAAAAAAUAUCUUUACUUUGAAUAUCAAUGUAUUGAUACAUCAAAACAAUAUUCAUUAUGUGUGGAUGACGUGGAUCUGUCAGACUCAUCUCUACCAAACGAGGGUUGAUAAUUCUUCACAAAGUUUCCUUCAAAAACUGCACUGACUUAUUCGUAAUAAUUGUUACCGCUAUUAAAAUGGAAUUUAGGUGUUUGUGACUUAUCAAUAUAUCUUUAACUUUAUAUUUACUACCAAAUAUUUCAUUGUAAUUAUAUGUAUUCACGCACCGGCCGUGUAAAAUAAAAAACACGCGUUUACAGUAAAGUCUUUUGCAUAUAUAAUCUCUUAAACAAAUACGUUGCAUUCAUAUUUGGGUUUGCAUGGGCCAUGCAGUCAUUUUCUUUACCAGAGUGAACACAUGUACGAACGACGAUAAAGGCUAAUUUGGCGAGAAAGGAGAAAGCAAAUUUAUUUAUUUUUUCUACGAGUAUGAUUGUUUGAU